AUGACGAACGCCUUAGAAGAGGCCCUAGAGAAUGCGGGCGGUCAUGGAAAGGCGGAUGAGGGAGAAUCAGUUUCAACCUUCGUGGCCUCGCUGGCGACGGCCUUUGUUGUCUUCGCAGUCGAGUUCUGCCUCUUCAUGGUACUGAAAGGCAAAUUGACUCGCAUCUAUCAACCACGCACAUACCUUGUUCCAGAUCGAGAGCGUACUACACCAUCGCCCCCGGGCCUUUUUCGUUGGAUGGGUCCAGUCUUUCGAACAUCCAGCGCCGAAUUCAUCCAAAAAAGUGGAUUGGAUGCAUACUUUUUCUUACGUUAUCUGCGCAUGCUGUUGAAGAUUUUCCUCCCUCUCGCAUUAGUGCUUUUGCCAGUACUUCUCCCUAUCAAUCGAGUGGGUGGAAAAGGAACUACAUAUGAGAAUGGUACGAGCGGAACUCGCUUUGAUGUGACUGGUCUAGAUCAGCUAGCCUGGGGGAAUGUAAAACCCACCCAAACCCAUCGCUAUUGGGCCCAUCUGGUCAUGGCAAUCCUGGUCAUAGUCUACAUUUGUGCCAUCUUUUUCGAUGAACUGCGCGGAUAUAUUCGGAUGCGACAGGCCUACCUGACUUCCCCUCAGCACCGACUACGUGCGUCCGCGACAACUGUGCUGGUCACGGCUAUUCCGGCUGAUUGGCUCACCAUCGAGGCCCUGGAUAAUCUCUUUGACGUCUUCCCAGGUGGCAUUCGAAAUAUUUGGAUCAACCGCAACUUUGAUGAGCUAAAUCAUAAAGUAAAAAGGCGAAACAAGGUAGCACUCAAGCUCGAAGCCGCGGAAACGGCAUUGAUUCGAAAGUGCAAAGAAGCCCACCUCAAACAGCUCAAGGCCGAGGACAAGAAAAACAAAAAGGACAAGAAAAUCAAAAAGGGUGACAUCAGCGCAGAGGAUCGAGAAAGGAUGGCGGCCGACAAACGCGCAACACAAAUGGCCAUGGGAGAGGGUGUAAGUUCGGGUAAUCCUCACCAGGCUCAUACAUUGGAGGAGGUUCUACACGGCGAGUCAGAAGGACCUCAGCGAAACACAUCAGCCGCUUCUCGGAACGGCAUAUUCAACCCGGCGCUAGCAGCAGCUGGAGCAGUCGGUCUAGGUGUUGGAAAGUUGGGCAAAACCGUCAUAGGUGGUUUGAAGAAGGUGGAAGGUGGCUUUGACCACACACUGGCCCGAAGUGGAGGCUUUGUUGAAUCCAUUCCUGAUGCAUUGCCACCUCGCCAAUCCACUCCCCAAGAAAACAACGACUACUCUCCUACCUACACCAUUGGCUCCGAAUUCACGCCGCACACCCCCACGUCCCAGACACCAGAACCAAUCCAGGUCGACAGUACUACCAGUCGGGACGGAAAGCCUCCACCUAAGCGGCCAUUCUGGAAAUCCCGCGGUUCUUCUUAUUCCAAGCAUUCGAAACAUGAUCCAGAGCCGGAUGAGCAUCCUCUUACUGCACCUGAUACUCCUGCCACCGGCGCAGAUCGCAAAGAAGGGUCCGAGAGCGAGAAGGCAAGGCAUCACAAGGAAGAGGCAGAUAAGGGGCCCCCAGAACAGUAUCCGAUUGCUUAUAACGAGAAAUUUGAGAAAGAAGAUUAUGGAGAGCCGUUGUGGAAGAAAUACAUCCAACAGAAGGACCGGAAAACAUGGCGUCUCCCUUGGUUCAAGUGGAGGAAGUGGCCAACGAUUUGGCUUAUUGGCAAGAAGGUUGAUACGAUUGACUAUUGUCGAAAAGAGCUCGCACGUUUGAACUUGGAGAUUGAAAUCGAUCAGCAGAACCCCGAGCGGUUUCCAUUGAUGAACUCCGCAUUCAUCCAAUUCAAUCAUCAAGUUGCUGCACACAUGGCUUGCCAGUCUGUCAGUCACCAUCUGCCAAAGAUGAUGGCUCCACGAAUUGUGGAAAUCUCCCCCGACGAUGUGAUCUGGGACAAUAUGUCUAUGAAGUGGUGGGAACGUUACCUGCGUACCUUCAGUGUCGUCACCAUUGUCUGUGCAAUGGUUGUUGGAUGGGCUUUCCCCGUUGCGUUUACCGGCUUGCUAUCGCAACUAUCCUAUCUAGAAGGCGCUUUUUCAUGGCUGGCCUGGCUUGGCAAGCUACCUUCCUGGUUUAUUUCAGCCAUUCAAGGUAUCCUGCCUGCUCUUUUCCUGGCUAUAUUGAUGGCAUUACUCCCACUGUGUCUUCGUUUCCUGAGCAAGAAACAGGGUGUGCACACGGGUAUGGCUAUCGAACUGAAUGUCCAGAUGUACUAUUUCGCCUUCUUGUUUGUCCAACUGUUCUUGGUCGUUACCAUUGCAUCAAGUUUCUCAACCAUCAUCGACAACGCUACUAAUGUAACGAGCUGGCCGACACUUUUGGCAUCUAACAUCCCAAAGUCUAGCAACUACUUCUUCUCUUACAUGAUUCUGCAGGCCAUGUCUGUCAGUGCAGGUGCUCUCAUGCAGAUUGUUAGCUUGAUAAGCUGGUUUAUCCUUGCUCCCAUAUUGGAUAAAACUGCCAGGAAGAAGUGGGCGCGCACAACCAACUUGAAUCAGAUGCAAUGGGGCUCAUUCUUCCCCGUUUACACCACAUUAGCUUCAAUUGGUUUGAUCUAUUCAGUGGUUGCACCUCUCAUUCUUGUGUUCAAUGUCAUCACUUUCGGUCUUUUCUGGUUCGUUUGCCGCUACAACACGCUUUAUGUUACCAAAUUCCGCUUUGACACCGGUGGCCUACUUUUCCCCCGGGCCAUCUACCAACUUUUCACCGGUCUUUAUGUCAUGGAAAUUUGUUUGAUCGGAUUGUUUUUCCUCGUUCAGAAUGAAGCCGGGGAGGCGUCUUGCAAAGGCCAGGGCAUCGUCAUGUGUUUUGUCCUUGCUCUGACAGCCGGAUAUCAACUCCUCCUCAGCGAUGCAUUUGGGCCGCUGCUCAGGUAUCUACCAGUCACCUUGGAAGAUGCCGCUAUUCAGCGAGAUGAGGAGUUUAAACGUGCCCAGCAUGCUCGGCUUGGACUUCCCAUGGACGAUGAGGAUGAGGAUGGGGAUGAACAGGGGCCGGUUGACCAUGGCAUUCCGCAUCCUGAAAGCGAUGGAGCUCACCAGGGCCGAGACAUUGAGCUCAAGGCUAUUGAUACCGACCAAGGAGGGCUUAAGGGUAACGGAUCGGGCGACUUACUCUCGACACCCAAGAUGGGUAGCAAAAGACCAUCAUGGGCCUCUCGGUCGUCCAACAGGCGGCGGUCUAAAUUCUUUGGGGCCAACUCCGCAACCUCUACUCCUACUAUGAAGUCUUUGCGAGAAACAAUGGCUCAUGACGCUGAGAUGGGAGAGCAAUUACCCAACAAGCUGGGUCAUUCUCUCUUUGCCGGUGUUCAUGAUGAAUUGGAGGAUCUCACCCCCGAUGAGCGCGAUCAGUUAGUGCAACGCGCAUUCCAACAUGAAGCUCUCCGCGCCAAGCGUCCAGUUAUCUGGAUUCCUCGUGAUGAUCUGGGGGUAAGCGAUGACGAAGUGUACCGCACACAGCGCUACAGCAAGCAUAUCUGGGUUAGCAACGAGUACCAAGCCCUGGAUGGCAAGUGCCGGACUAUCUUCAGUCGCAGUCCACCAGAUUUCUCAGAGAUUGACCUUAUUCAACUAUGA